CAUCAGUUAAUGCUCAAUUUAGCUCUAAAUUUCCCUUUUAAUGCGUCAUUCAGGUCGAAGUGCUCUAAUAUCAUUUUGAAUAUCAAAUGAAUGACUACAAUUACAAUUAUGAGCCUGUAUAAAAUAUAUUUUUGUCUAAAUGCAAGGGCCCGACUCAUAUUUGCUAAACAAAGUAAUAUAAAACAAGUGCAGGUCAAAGAAAAAGAGGAGGUUGUGAAUUACAAGGCGCACGCGAACGCAACACAACUGGUCAGACGAAGAAUGUGUAGUGCGCAUGUGUCCCAGGCUUUAAGGUAAGCCCUCCAGGCAGGUUUUGUACGUGGCAACGUUUACGGACCCUCUCCACUAUUCCUCACACCCGCGUGCCAGGAGGAUUCCCGUCUUCAUUCGUAAACAUAGCCGUCUUCUAGAAAACCCUAUGGACUUAAGGCUGCAGAAGAAGACUUGAUGAUGAAGUUCCUGGUUUUUAUUUCAUUGUUCCUGGUUGGCUGCCAGAGGACACGUGCAGAGGUUUUCACCUCCAUAGGCCAAAUGACAGACCUGCUCUACACCGAGAAGGAGCUGGUUCAGUCUCUCAGGGACUACAUCAAAGCAGAGGAGUCCAAGCUCGCUGCAGUCAAGAGUUGGGCCAACAAACUGGAUGCUCUGACCAGAGUCUCCACCUCCGACCCAGAAGGUUACCUGGCACACCCAGUAAAUGCCUACAAGCUGAUGAAGAGGCUGAACACGGAGUGGUCUGAGCUGGAGAGCCUGGUGCUCCAGAACCCUUCUGAUGGGUUUAUCUCCAACAUGUCCGUGCACAGGCAGUAUUUCCCUGAUGAGGAGGAUCAGACGGGAGCAGCCAAGGCGCUGAUGCGCCUUCAGGACACGUAUCAACUGGAUUCAGAGGCCUUCUCCAAAGGAAUGCUGCCAGGUGUUCACUCCAACGCCGUGCUGACAGUGGACGACUGCUUCGACAUGGGAAAGACGGCCUACAACGAUGCAGACUACUACCAUGCAGUCCUGUGGUUUCAGCAGGCCCUGAAGCAGCUGGACGACGGAGAGGAAGCUGUGGUGUCCAAAGCAGACAUUCUGGACUACCUCAGCUACUCCGUUUACCAAAUGGGGGAUUUGCCUCGGGCCAUCGAGCUGACGCGGAGACUCGUGGCCAUCGACCCUAACCACCAGAGGGCAGGAGGAAACCUCCGGUACUUUGAGCAGCUGCUGAUGAAGCAGCUCAGAGAGUCCAACCAGGACUACCAGCCUCCCUCUGAGGAGCCCAUUCAGCUGGGGACCUACAACCGACCGAAAGACCAUCUGCCUGAGAGGGAGGCCUAUGAGGCGCUGUGCAGAGGAGAGGGGUUACAGCUGACUGAAGCAAGGAGGAGCCGUCUGUUCUGUCGCUACCACGACGGUAAAAAGAGCCCCCGUCUCCUGCUGAAGCCCAUAAAGGAAGAGGACGAGUGGGACAGCCCUCACAUUGUGCGCUACUUGAACAUCCUGUCAGACCAGGAGAUUGAGAAAAUUAAAGAGCUUGCAAAGCCCAGGCUUGCCAGAGCUACAGUUCGUGACCCUAAAACUGGCGUCCUGACUACAGCACCCUACAGAGUAUCUAAAAGUGCGUGGUUGGAAGGAGAGGAUGAUCCUGUCGUUGACAAAGUGAAUCAGAGAAUAGAAGACAUCACCGGCCUCACAGUGGAAACUGCAGAGUUAUUGCAGGUUGCAAACUAUGGAGUGGGUGGACAGUAUGAGCCACAUUAUGACUUCUCAAGGCGUCCUUUUGACAGCAACCUCAAGAAAGAUGAGCCUGAUGCUUUCAAAAGGUUAGGCACUGGAAAUCGCAUGGCAACUUUUUUGAACUACAUGAGUGACGUUGAAGCAGGAGGUGCCACGGUCUUCCCUGACUUUGGAGCAGCAAUCUGGCCAAGAAAGGGAACAGCCGUGUUCUGGUACAAUCUCUUCAGGAGUGGGGAGGGAGAUUACAGAACAAGACAUGCAGCCUGUCCUGUGUUAGUGGGAAGCAAGUGGGUGUCAAACAAGUGGAUUCAUGAAAGAGGACAGGAGUUCAGGAGACCAUGUGGCCUCACAGAGGUGGACUGAAGUGGACACAAAAACUGUACACACAAACACACACACUCCAGACCAUCUUGCAAUGCAGCAACAGAGACAUUUAUAUAUGAUUUUUGUGAACCUGUUCUCUCCUCAAACUCUUGUAAGAGAAGUGCCAAUCCUUUCAGGUUUUCUUUCAAGCUCGUCAGCUCUUUUAUAGACUCUCUCAAGCUCCAUAAAGAAAAGGAAACAUGCCCAGUCAUUGUAGCUUUGUGAUAUGUUGUCUUUUAUUUAAUAAUUCAAAUUUUAGCCCACUGUUUUUUCCAUGUUUUAAACCAAACCUUUUGUCUAAAACUUGGCUGUUUGUAUUUUUAUGUGUCUUUCUGUUUUAUUUAAACAUUUAUUGUGAAACAAACACAUCAUACUGUUGAUGUGAGGCUGUUUUUGGUAGAAUUUUGAUACCUGCUGUUACAAAUUAAAAGUUACAACCAAGGUUUUUUAUUAAAAAAAGGUAUAAAUAUUUUUAAGGGAGUAUUCAAAAAUAACACCCAAAAUUGUAUAUUUUCAUUGGUUUUACACCCAAAACUCUUGUGCUCAGUCUGCCAUAUACUUGGUAAAUCCAUGUUCCGGUAUUUUAUUUUUUAAGUUAUUACAUUGUUACACCCUCAUGUCAAACAACUGCAAAAACCAAUAAACACUGUUUCUCAAAUA